CCCGCAACCCGGUUCCUCCUUUGAAUCUAUUUCGUGAAAUUUCCUAACUGAGGUUUGGUGCCAUGUCAAGUCCUUGGAGACUAUUCACCUGAACAUGGCAGACUAGGACGUUGCUGAUGCCUCUGUGCCGCGAUGCAUCAGCACCUAAUAUCUGAAAUCGCGAUCGUCCUUGAAUUCCCCUUUGGCGUGUCGUCUCCUCGGCAUAGACAUCUAGGAUUCUAGGUAUAUAAGCGCUGUAGUACCUGGGGUAGGUGAAGAUGAACCAUCGACGGUUGUCUUCUACCACAUUCAUUUACUUCAUCUGAAAGUACCAAAGCCCAUUUGUCGUCAUGUACGCUUCUAAGAUCGCAGCAUUCGCACUUCUUGUGCAGGGCAUGUUUGCUGCCCCAACUACCACCCCGACCUUCCAGAACCACGGAACUUUAUCUGGUUGGGAUGGUGUCAAUCACGAACACAAGGGCACCGUGACUCAAGUUAAGGAUCAGUCGUACAAGCCGGACACAUCGAUCAAGGUGGUUCAGAUAUACGACUCUGGCUACACCGGCAGAUACCACUCGGAAGUGUACAAGAAAGACGUCUAUAGGGUCGGCGACGAUGGAUUCUACGGCUUCGCCUUCAGGCUGGAUCCGAAGUGGGACACCUCCCACGGACAGUCCUACAACAUCGCGCAGUUCAUCAGUAACCUCAAAGACUCGCCCGAGAACACGUGCAAGGAUGACUGGAUCCCCUCCGGCAUGAUCUGGAUUGAGAAGGACCAGCUCUACAUCCGCAGCAAGGGCGGUAACAUGUGCAAGAGCACCCUGAAGAAGUAUAAGAUCGGAACGAUCAAGCCGGGUAACUGGCACCAGGUCGUGCUCCAGGCGAAGUGGAGGAGCGACGCAACGGGCUACUACAAGGUCUGGCUCGACGGCAAGCAGGCGGUUGAGGAAUCCAACAUCAUCACGACCUACCAUGACAACAGCAAGAAGUACGGAUUCCAGUUCCGCACUGGUCUAUACGCGAAUGGCUGGCACGACGACAAGAAGAUGGAGGGAUCUCAGGGAACUCGAACGCUGUGGGUUGACGAGAUUAGCGUUGGAAAGAAGUAUGAGGAUGUCGUCCCUAGCAAGAAUUGAUCGUGAGAUGAUUCUAGAUUGUGCUGCCUGUCUUUUUAUAUAUCCUUCUUGUUUAUAGUUUGACUAAGCGGUUGCCAUUACUAGGUAUAUAUAUAUAUAUCCGCC